CCUCCCUUCCCGAGUUGAGUAGCAGGUGGGCCUGGCAGCCAGCCACUCCAGGAAUCUGAGGGCAGGUUUGGAGAGAGCAGGCGCCUACUAGGAGCCUCCGACCGGCCUUCCACCUUUUGAUCGGCUCCGCAGCAGGAGCGUGGAUGACUGCAGCCACCCCAACGCCGCCGCCCCUCCGCGCCCGCGCCUUGUGACGGCCCCGCGCUUCCAGUAGCCCGCGCGGUCCGCGGCGCGGGUCAGGCCUCCGGGGGACCGGGAGCGGGGUCCCGGCGCGCCCCGCCCACCCCGCCUCAGCGGUCGGGCCCGCUGGGCGGGUAACAGCGGGAAACAGAGGAAGAGGAAGGGGCGGAGCUGUAUCGCAGCUAAUCGCGGAGAGUCACCCGACUCAUCAGCUGUGCCUGGCACCACCCGGGCCCUUAGGGCCUGCCGGGCCUAGACCGCGGAGGCUGGCCGGGCAAACCAGCCCUGUCUAGGAAGCCGGGCAAUGUCCCACCACGGAGUGUCUCCCGGCCAGGGCCACCCCGGGUCCAGCAGGCAGCCAGGCCCUGACAGGUCCUGGGGAGCCCCCAGACUGGGGCUCUUGUGGAUGGGCCUAGCGCUGGCGCUGGCCCUGCCCGAAUCCCUGGUUCUCUGGGCCCCAGCCGGGGCCCACCCUCUUCCCUCCCGGGACCAUCCCGCCAGCAGGUUCAAGCGCUUAGUGCCCCAGCUGCGCGGCACCUUUGGGUGGGGGAACCUAACCUGCCCAGUCUGCAAAGCUCUGUUCUCCGCCAUCGACUUUGGGCUGAAGAGGGAGACAAGUGUGGCGUGGGUGGGCUCUGUAGCUACCAACCUGUGCAAGCAACUGAAGAUAGCUCCGCCUGCCGUGUGCCAGUCAGCUGUCCAGCUCUUUGAGGACGACAUGGUGGAGGUGUGGACACGCUCAGUGCUGAGCCCAUCUGAGGCCUGUGGUCUGCUCCUGGGCUCCACCUGUGGGCACUGGGACAUCUUUGAAUCUUGGAACAUCUCUUUGCCGGACGUUCCAAAGCCGCCACCCCAGCCGCCCAACCCCCCAGCCCCAGGAGCCCCUGUCAGCCGCGUCCUCUUCCUCACUGACCUGCACUGGGAUCAUGACUACCUGGAGGGCACAGACCCAGACUGUGAGAACCCUCUGUGCUGCCGCCGGGAUUCUGGCCUGCCACCCGCCUCGCGCCCAGGUGCUGGUUACUGGGGCGAGUACAGCAAGUGUGACCUGCCCCUGCGGACCCUGGAGAGCCUGCUGAGUGGGCUGGGCCCUGCCGGCCCCUUUGACAUGGUGUACUGGACGGGAGACAUCCCUGCUCACAAUGUCUGGCACCAGUCCCGUCAGGACCAGCUGCGGGCCCUGACCACCAUCACAGCCCUGGUGAAGAAGUUCCUGGGGCCGGUGCCCGUGUACCCUGCCGUGGGCAACCACGAGAGCACGCCUGUCAACGGCUUCCCCCCGCCCUUCAUCGAGGGCAACCACUCCUCCCGCUGGCUCUAUGAGGCGAUGGCCAAGGCGUGGGAGCCCUGGCUGCCUGCCAAAGCCCUUCACACCCUCAGAAUUGGGGGGUUCUAUGCCCUUUCCCCACGCCCUGGCCUCCGCCUCAUCUCUCUUAAUAUGAACUUUUGUUCCCGUGAGAACUUCUGGCUCAUGAUCAACUCCACAGAUCCUGCUGGACAGCUCCAGUGGCUGGUGGGGGAGCUUCAGACCGCUGAGGAUCGAGGAGACAAGGUGCAUAUAAUUGGCCACAUUCCCCCAGGGCACUGCCUGAAGAGCUGGAGCUGGAAUUACUACCGAAUUGUAGCCAGGUAUGAGAACACCGUGGCUGGUCAGUUCUUUGGCCACACCCACAUGGAUGAGUUUGAGGUCUUCUACGAUGAGGAGACCCUGAGCCGGCCACUCUCUGUAGCCUUCCUGGCACCCAGUGCCACCACAUACAUCAGCCUUAACCCUGGUUACCGGGUCUACCAAAUAGACGGUGACUACGCAGGGAGCUCUCAUGUGGUCCUGGACCACGAGACCUACAUUCUGAACCUGACACAGGCGAAUCAGCCCAGAGCUACCCCACACUGGCAGCUCCUCUACAGGGCUCGGGAAACCUACGGACUGCCCAACGCGCUGCCUGCUGCCUGGCACCACCUGGUCUACCGCAUGCGGAGCGAUGCACAGCUAUUCCAGACCUUCUGGUUUCUCUACCAUAAGGGCCACCCGCCCUCAGGGCCCUGCGGCAUGCCCUGCCGCCUCACCACUCUGUGCGCCCUGCUCUCCGCCCGCUCCGACAGCCCUGCCCUGUGUCGCCACCUGGUGCCGGAUGCAAGUCUCCCUGCUGUCUGGUUUCUGCAGCCGCAGCAGGCAUGGUGCUAACAUUCCCAGGGCCUGGAGUUGGGAAAGCACCCAUCUUAGGAAAGGAGCAAAAACCCCAGGGGACCCCUGUGGUAAGAACAUCUGGUGGAAGACCCUAGUCCCUGGCCCCAAGCCCACUGGGGAAACAGGACCUUCUCCUUUCCUGAAGCUAGUUUGGCAAGAUACAGGGGUAGGGGGGUUGCUCUGCCUGUGGCCAGUAUCUAGGCUGCCCUGGGGCUGCUGUUCUUUUAUGGCCAUGGAGCAGAGGUCUAAACUGGCACGCCCCAGGCAGACCAGACAGGAGCUGUCACCCCAGGCCUGUGCUAGCCAGCCAGGAAUCCUGUGCUGCUGCCAAAAUAAAUUUUGGCUGUUAAAAUAAAGAUAAGAGUCUUGGACUCCAGACCCUUC